AUGAAGAUUGCGGUCGAGGGGUGUUGCCACGGCGAACUGGAAACCAUUUACGCAGCCAUGGAGAAAAUUGAGAAGAAAGAAGGCAUCAAAAUCGACUUGUUGAUAUGUUGCGGUGAUUUUCAAGCCAUACGGAACAAGCGCGACUUGGAGUGCAUGUCGGUGCCGAUUAAAUAUCGCGAGAUGGGGACUUUUUACAAGUAUUACAGCGGAGAGUUGAAAGCGCCGUACCCGACUCUGUUCAUCGGAGGCAAUCACGAGGCGUCUAAUUACUUGUGGGAACUCUAUUACGGCGGUUUCGGAGCGCCAAAUAUUUACUAUUUAGGACACUCUGGAUGCAUUAAGUUUGGCGAUUUACGCAUAGCUGGUUUGUCUGGAAUAUAUAAACAGUACGAUUACAGGAAAGGACACUUCGAACGACCGCCUUAUACGCAGGAUAAGCAAGUAAAAACGGCGUAUCACGUGCGAGAGUUUGACGCGUUCAAGUUGAAACAGAUUCGGGAACCGGUGGAUGUGUUUUUGUCUCACGAUUGGCCGAGAGGGAUUGAAAAGUUUGGUGACAUUCAAGAUUUGUUAAGGAAGAAGAAGUUUUUGAAGGAAGAUAUACAGAAGAAUCAGUUAGGAUCGGUUCCUGCGAUGGAGAUUUUGAAACAGUUGAAACCGACGUAUUCGUUUUCGGCGCAUUUGCACGUAAAAUUUGAAGCGAUGAUAAGUCACGAGAACGGAGCAUCGACGCACUUUUUAGCCUUGGAUAAAUGCAUACCACACGCACCGAAUAGACAAUUCUUACAGGUGAUCGAUUUACCGGAGAAGAGUUCGGAUGGAGGGUUUCAAUUAGAUAUGGAAUGGUUGGCGAUUACAAAAGCGAACCAUGCUUUUCAAUCCUUCACAAAGGCGCCGGCGAAACUUCCCGAUUAUGGAGUGCCGGAAUCGGUUGAUUUAACCAAUUCAAUUGAGUUUGUGAGGAACAAAAUGGAAGGAAUCAGGAUGCCUGAAUUUGUGGAGACGGUUUCACCGCACGAUGCGAGCGUGAAGGCGAGACAACCACCUCCGGAAAAAGUCGAAAGGAACCCGCAAACGGUUCAGAUGUUGGAGAUGUUAGAGCUAGAUUUUAAGUUAGACACGGGAGGAGAUCAUUUUGGAAACAAACCGUAUUCUUCUUCUUCGGCGACGAGAUAUCGAGUUCCAGGCGCGGGGCCGUUUACUUUGCCGGGAACGCAAGGAAUGCCUCCAAUGGGCACUCAAUACCCUCCACCGCCUCCUCCGCCUCCCCCUCCAGUCGUCAAAGAUCCAGACGUUAUAGACUUAGAUGAUAUUUAG